UCGGUUCGAGCGAGUGAGGUGAGCGAUUAGAUACCCUCGCUCUCGAGGUGCGUACGUAACACUUGCUAGGCACAAACGCAGCGAGCAAUGGCCAUCGCCGGCGUUCUCUUCCUCCUCUUCUUGGCCCGGGAAGCCUCGGCCGCCGGGUACGGCGGGUGGCAGAGCGCCCACGCCACGUUCUACGGCGGCGGCGAUGCGUCCGGCACGAUGGGCGGGGCGUGCGGUUACGGCAACCUGUACAGCCAGGGGUACGGCACGAACACGGCGGCGCUGAGCACGGCGCUGUUCAACGACGGCGCGGCGUGCGGGUCGUGCUACGAGCUGCGGUGUGACAACGACGGGCGGUGGUGCCUGCCGGGCUCCAUCACCGUCACGGCCACCAACUUCUGCCCGCCCAACUACGGCCUCCCCAGCGACGACGGCGGCUGGUGCAACCCGCCCCGCCCCCACUUCGACAUGGCCGAGCCGGCCUUCCUCCACAUCGCCCAGUACCGCGCCGGCAUCGUGCCCGUCUCCUACCGCAGGGUGCCGUGCGUGAAGAGAGGAGGCAUCCGGUUCACCGUGAACGGGCACUCCUACUUCAACCUGGUGCUGGUGACCAACGUGGCCGGCGCCGGCGACGUCCGGUCCGUCUCCAUCAAGGGCUCCCGCACCGGGUGGCAGCCCAUGUCGCGGAACUGGGGCCAGAACUGGCAGAGCAACGCCUUCCUCGACGGCCAGAGCCUCUCCUUCCAGGUCACCGCCAGCGACGGCCGCACCGUCACCAGCAACAACGUCGCCCACCCCGGCUGGCAGUUCGGCCAGACCUUCGAGGGCGGCCAGUUCUAGACGCCGCCGCCGUCUCACAUAUAUGGUCUUUCAUGUCCUUCGUCUUCGUCGUCGGCGUCGUCUCUUCUUCCUUUUCUUCUUCUUUUGAGAGAUUAUUUAUUUUCCGCAAGAGAAAGAAGCUAGCCUCUUCGUUAUAGUGGAGAAGAGGUUGUGGGCUAUGCUGAGGCUGCUAAUUAGCACCCGCUUAGACGUUUUCCUUCUCUGGAUCAGUCCAAUAAUGACUGGACCGGUCCACCAUCAAGUGUAGUGGUAGUGGUGAAGAGUACUAGUACUGGGAGAGAAAAUCAAUAAUUGUAUUGAUUUAAAUUUCUACUUUUGAGCGUUCUAGUUCUUGUACCUGGGUGAUGGCCUUUGCAGCGGAAUUUAAAACCGCAAGGCCGUGUUUAUUUAUCAAGGAUUAUUGAUGUUGUCCUAGCUAGUAGCUUUAGCUUCGGUCUCCUAUAGCACCAUAUAUAGCAGAGUGUUGGAUUGGUGGCA